UCUCCCCGAAGAAAACAGAGAGAUAGGUUAAAGCUUUCCUUAUCUGGUCGUUCGCCCCUUUCUAUCGCCUGAUUGUUCGGCAGUUGAGCCCGGAAUGCUGAGCUGUAGACAACUGAUUUCUUCCCGGCUGUUCCAGCUCCGGAAAAAGAGCAUAUUAGCUCGUGUACGGGCCUCCGAUUAUGUGGAAGUCCUGGAGGAGCAGGGUGAUCUCUUGAAGUACCCACAAGUUUGGCUAAGGGAUAAUUGCCAAUGUGCUGAGUGCUUCCACGCCGCCACAAAAGCCAGGAGAAGUCACUGGGAGCGUGGACCGUUGAAUGUCGAAGUGUCCCAAGUGACUUACAACCCAGAGAAGAAACAGUUGGAUAUCAUAUGGCAGGAUGAACACAAGAGCACCUUUGAUCUGGGGUGGCUCAGAGAAAGGGACUUCGGAGAGUCGACGAGAAAGCGUUACCUAGAACAGGUUUACAAACCAUCCGCACAACUCUGGGGAAAAUCGGAAUUUAAGACUGUAAGAAGGGAAUUUCAAUACCAAGAUGUAAUCCAGGAGGAUGCAGUGCUUAAGGAUUGGCUAGAGGCACUGGCAAUCCAAGGAUUUGCCAUUCUGAAAGGGGCCCCCAACGACAUUAAUGUCACCAAGCAUUUAGCCAAAAGAAUUGGCUAUAUAAAACGCACCACCUACGGCGAUGUUUUCGAGGUUAAAUCCAAACCAAAUGCGGGAAACUACGCCUAUUUGAUGACUCCCCUACCGCUCCACACGGACAUGCCGUACUACGAAUACAAGGCGGGUAUCAACAUCCUGCAUACACUCGUCCAGUCGGAGUCAAAAGGAGGAGCAAAUACUCUUGCGGACGGCUUCAACGUGGCCUCUCAGUUGCAAAAACUGCAUCCGAAAGAUUUCGAGAUACUCAAAACUGUGCCCGUGAAUUGGGUCGACAUUGGACACGAUGGUAAUGAUUCCAAGCCCUUCCAUAGCCUCUGGAGAGCCCCGGUGAUUUGUUUGGAUGUGGAUGGUCGGUUUACAAGAAUCAAUCAGAACACCACCAAACGAGAUAGUCGUUUCUCGGUUCCUUUGGAGCAGGUCGUGUCCUGGUACAAGGCAUAUAAUAAAUUCCUGGAGAUCGCACAGGCCGAGGCCGUGGAAUUUAAGACUCAAGCCGGUGAUGUUUUUGUGUUCAAUAACCUGCGCAUGUUACACGGGAGAACGGCCUACGAAGAUGCCCCAGGCAACAAGCGUCAUUUGGUGGGAGCUUACGUCGAUUGGGACAUUAUAUACUCCAAACUGCGAACCUUGAAGUUUCCAAAUGCUAUAGCUUAAAUGCGCUUAUGUACAUAAUAAAUCUAAUCUUUUAGCCCAAACAGAA